AUGAUGGGCUUUGGCAAUGCAGUGGUUCGGCCAAAAGUUGGACUGCUCACUGUGAUGUGCACUGACUACCAGGGGGUGGUGCAGAACAGGGUGGUGAUGUGGCGCUGGCAGCAGGCGGCAGUGCAGGUGCUGCGGGCCCCAACGAGAGCGGGACUGUGCCGGGAUGGUGGAGCAGGACUGAGUGCCAUUCCUUCCAACGGGCAACCUUGCCUUCUCUGUCCGGAGACUCUGGCAGGUGUGAUGGCUCCUCUGUGGCCCUUGAUCCUGGUGGCUGCGUCAGGAACCCUAGCCAUAGAUACUCCUCGUCCCAGGAGUUCUGCUCUGCACCAUCUCACCAAGCAGCUGCUGCAGAAGUAUCAUAAGGACGUGAGACCAGUUCACGAUUGGACAGAGGCCACCAUGGUCUACCUGGACGUGUGUGUCCGUGCGGUACUGGAUGUGGAUGCACAGAACCAAAAGUUAAAGACAAAUGUCUGGUACAUUGAGGUUUGGGAUGAUGAGUUUUUAUCAUGGAACUCCAGCAUGUUUGAUGACAUUAGCCAGAUCUCCCUACCUCUAAGUGCCAUCUGGGCCCCUGAUAUCAUCAUUAAUGAAUUCGUGGACCUUGACAGACUCCCUGACCUUCCCUAUGUGUAUGUGAACUCCUCCGGGACUGUUAAGAACUCCAAGUCCAUCCAGGUGGUCUCUGCCUGCAGUUUAGAGACAUACGCUUUUCCAUUUGACAUCCAGAAUUGCAGCCUAACCUUCAAUAGCAUUCUGCACACAGUGGAAGAUGUAGACCUGGCCUUCCUGCGGAGCAGAGAGGAUGUCAAGCAUGACAAACAGGCGUUCUCCAAUGACAGUGAGUGGGAGCUCCUCUCUGUGUCCUCUGCCUACAGCACCCUGCGGAGCAGCGCCGGAGACUUUGCGCAGCUUCAGUUUCACGUGGUGAUUCGCAGGCGCCCGCUGGUCUAUGUGGUGAGCCUGCUGAUUCCCAGCAUCUUCCUCAUGCUGGUGGACCUGGGCAGCUUCUACAUCCCCCCCACCUGCCGCGCCAGGAUCGUGUUCAAGACCAGCGUGCUGGUGGGCUACACCGUUUUCAGGGUCAACAUGUCGGACGAGAUGCCACAGAGCACAGUGCGCACCCCUCUGAUUGGCAUCUUCUUCACCGUCUGCAUGGCCUUCCUGGUGCUCAGCUUAUCCAAGUCCAUCUUGUUGAUCAAAUUCCUUCACGAAGAGCAGCACAGCGGGCAGGAGCGGCCCCUCUUAUGCCUUGGAGGGGACAGCGAUGCUGAUGGGCUUAUAAUGGAUCGCAGGGCCCAUCUUGAUGGGGUGGCAGAGUCCCCUGUUUCUCAAGAGCACCAGGCCCACUCCAGGACCCUGAAGGAAGUCUUGUCCCAGCUUCAAUCCAUCAGCAAGUACUUCCAAGCCCAGGACCAGGCAGCCCAGCAGGAGGUCGGAUGGUUGGCCCUCCUGGAACGCAUUGACCGGCUGCUCUUCCAAGGCUACCUGGUGAUGCUGGGACUCUAUGCCGUCACGCUGUGCUCCCUCUGGGCUCUGUGGAGCCGCCUGUGAAGGCGGGUGUGGCUGGCCUCCGUCCAUGUGCUUUCACAGCAGGCGGAGGCUGAGAAUUUUGUGAGGAGACUAGAGAGGAAUGGUGGGUUAAAAGCUCUCCAGCCCCUGCUGCCUCUUUUCAUUCAGUCCAGGCAUGCACACCUAAUGGGAGAUUAAAUGACCCAGGAGUAAUGUAGUCAUGAUGAAAAUGCAUAAACAGUUUGGGGCAUACAGGGAACAGUGAUCCCUGUUAGCAAUCUCUUUCAGAAAAUUCCCAAGUACAUCCAGCACUUCGCAUGUAUGUUUCCGCAGGUUUAUUUAAGUGUAAGAUCCUUCCAUCUCCCAGCCCUGUCUUGAUCACUUAUUUAGUCAGUCCUUCAACAAAAUCUUUAUUGGGUGUCAGAUAAAUUCUAGGCAUUGUAUUAAGCAUACCAGAAAAUACAAAACAGGUUAGUCACAGCUCAUCCUUCCCUUGACUGGAUUCCCGACCUUGCAUCAACCUUCAGUUCCCUUACAUCCAGGCACCUCCCUGCCCUGUUCCCUGGCUCACACUCCAUCUCAGCAGCCGAGCCUCUCCACCAGCCUGUAUCCCGAAGCUCUUGUACCACUGUGAGCCAUCUUCCUCUGCUGCCCCAGCAGCCAGGGCAUCACUGAUGGAGGGAAACCAGGUGCCAAGGCUCCCAGCGCAGUCUAGGUCACACAGCCAGCACACACCACGUGCGAGGCACUGAGCUAGGGGACAGGCUCAAUGCAUAGCCCUUGGGUUCAAGGAAUUUAUAAUCUGCUAUCCUGUUUCAGUCUGCUUGGGCCGCCAUAACAAAAUACCACAGGCUCGGUGGCUUAAGCAAAGCUCUAUUUUCUCACAGCUACGGAAGCUGGAAGUUCAAGAUCGAAGUGCUGGUGGAGUUGGUUUCUUCUGAGGCCUCUCUCCUUGGUUUGUAGAUGGCUGUCUUCUCCAUGUAUCCUCAUGUGGCCUUUUCUCUGUGUGUGCCUGUCCACAUUUCCUCUUCUUAUAAGGACACAGUCAUAUGUGUCCUCAUGACCUUUUUGACUUCACGUCCUAAUGACCUCAUUUAACUUUAAUUACCUUUCUAAAGGCCCCAUAUUCAAAUACAGUCAUUUUGUAAGAUAUAGCAUAUACAUUUUGUGGAUACACAAUUCAGCCCAUAACUCUGACGUGAUUAUGGAGGCUGGAAGCCUUGAGACCCUGGGAGAGUUGUAGUCUGAGUCUAAAGGCAGUCUGCUGGCGGAGUUCCUCUCGGGGUAGGUCAGUCUUUUCCUAUUAAGCCUUCAAAGGAUUGGAUGAGGCCCACUUACUUUCUGGGGGAUAAUCAGUUUUAUUCAAAUUCUACGAUUUAAAUUUUAACCCCAUCUAAAUAAAUAACUUCACAGAAACAUCUAGAAUGGCACAAUGGCCUAGCAAAGUUGACACAUAAAAUUAAACAACCCCGAUGGCUCCUUAGCUUCCUAUCUGUGCCCACAGCUCCUCGUCCUGAACAAAGGAACCCUGAUCAGCUGGCACCUGGGUAACUAAUCCACUUCUGGCUCAUACUCUUUCGUAGCCAAAUCUGCAUUGAUUUGCCUCUUUUGUGGCAGUUCCGAUGGUUUCAUAUCCUGAAUCCGAAAAUUAGAAUUCAAGCUUUCCACAACAUUUCCCUCCCCUACACGUAACUCUUCA